AUGCCAGGGUUUUCGCCCGAGCAGACCGACUCGAUAACGGCAACAUGGAAGAAACGAAAGUGGGACCAUGAGGAGCCGAGGACUCUAGCACGUUCAACAACAUAUGUCCCAUCCUGCCGAGUCGAUCGGCCCGAAUACGACGGUGGCUGCUCAUUGCCUCUAUCACGACACCCAGACGGAACAGACAUCUCCUUCCGACCACGCUGCCUCCCUCGAAAGCGCCGACAUGUUCAAGGCCCUUAUCUUACACUGCCAUCCCAGCAGCAUCAACAUCAACUCCAGCACCCACAUCAACUCCAACACCAACAAUCCCCAAUCCACCUCUCCCCAAACGUCUACGGCGCCCCAAACCAAGACCCAUACUCACCCCCGGUCUCCCCCAAAACCCUCGUCCCCUUGCACUACCCAGCGCAACAAUCCGCCUCCCCCUCCGCGCUCCGCCCCUGCCACAUCUGCCAUCGCCGCCCAACAACCCGCCAAGUACUCGACGCCUACGCAGACUGUGAUCUCUGCCACGAACGGGCAUGCUUCAUCUGUCUCCGGCAAUGCGAUAGCGCAUCCUGCGGCGGAACGUUCGGUCUGCCAGAAGUGCGUAUGCACAUGCACACGAACUCAACCGACGACGGCAGCUACAAUACUAGCGAGGCGCCCAGGAGGAAAGUUUGCUCCCGCUGUGCUGUGGAGGAAGUCACCGAGACCGGAGCGGAGAUUGUGCGUUGUCUUGACUGCGUGCGUGGUGCGGGCUCGUGGGCUGCGGCGAAUAUUCCGUCUGAUUGGGCUUUGGAUGAUAUGCGGCAUGAGGAUAUGACCGGGUGA